AUGCCAAGUAUAACCAUUAGACCAGCUGAUAACGACCACCUUCCUACAGCUAAAACCUGUAUUUUACGACUUUAUAUUCCUCUCUAUUCCUCCAAAACUAUUUAUAUAAACUAUACAAAUGAUUUAGAUUUUUUGGGGUUGUGUACUGUCAUGUAUAGUUUUAGUUGUUAA